AUGUGGUGUAGAUAUGCCAGCUGGGCAGCUGGUCUGCUCUGUGUUUGCAUUGUGAUGAUGGGAUCCAUGGGACUACCUGUGGACAACAGGAGGGAUCUGUGGACAUUCCCUCAGCAGACUGACUACUUACCGAGUGAGAGGGAGAAUCCAGCUCUCUCAGAGUUCAAGAAUCAUGUACGUCAGUCUCAGUCCUUGUCUGCCGGAGAGCAGGAGUUUGUCCUGAGGAGGAAGCAAGUAGUUCUGACAUCACUCAAUAAGCUGGGAAUUGCAUGCACACUGGACAUGGUUCCCCACAUUGCACUGCUGGGGUCAGGUGGAGGUCAGAGAGCAGCUGUGGGUCUCAUGGGCUCCCUCUUUCAGAUGGAAAAAGACGGCCUGCUGGACACGAUGCUCUACCUCGGAGGAGUUUCUGGCUCUGCCUGGUCCAUGAUCGCCCUGUACAGUGACCUGCAGUGGAGCACCAACAUGGAGAGCGCCGUGUCCAGGCUGUCAGGUCCUGGCAUUGGGCUCACAGAGGCUCUGAUCGUUUUGGCUGAGAGGGCAAAAGAUGGUCGCUUGUCUCUCACCGACAUCUGGGGGGCCUUGACCUCUGUUUUGAUCAUGAAACAGUUGAACAUCCGAAGUCUUUCUGAGGACGGCUCAAGCGUCACCAAUCCUUAUCCCAUCUACAGCACAGUGAACAAAAACUGCUUGCAAGAUGGCUCUGAAGAAGGCAAGUGGUUCGAGGUGACUCCUCAUGAGGCUGGCUUCGUAGAUCUAGGUCUCUUCAUCGACACCGCAAAACUGGGCAGCAAAAUCCACAGCGCGGGUUCUGAAGUUAACGGGAUAGACAUGGUCACACUGCAAGGCUUGGUGGGCAGCGCUUUAGCAGAUGAUGAGAGUCUGGUGAACCAUAUUCUUGACUGGUUAAAAGACCUAGUGGGGAAGGACACAACAGAUGACAACAACCUACUGGAGUUUCUCUGGACUAAAAACGGCAUCACCUUAAACUAUACUGCAUCAUCUGAGCUCAAGCUCUUAGAAAUGUAUAAUGUGGUCUUUAAGCAGUGGAGUCAGAAAGUUUUGGCCUCCGUGCAGUCCUGGAGUCCGAAUCUGGAUGACGGGCCAGCCAGAUAUUACGUCUCCUGGUUGAUCCAAACAGUCUUUGCACAGAUUAAAAAACUGGAAUGGGGAAAAACUGAUAAUUUCCUGUACCAGUACCCAGAUGCUGGGAUGCCAUCGUGCAUUAGAAAUAGGAUGUUUCUGCAGCUGAUAGAUGCUGGUGUGAUGAUAAACAUGCCCUACCCUCCAUUCCUGGAAGAAAAGAGGGACACAGACCUUCUCAUUGCUCUGGAAUACGGGGCUGAUGAAACCUUUACGACUCUGAUUCUUGCCAGAGACUAUGCAGCCAAGCUGGAGAAACCUUUUCCAAAGAUAGACGAGAAUAUCCUGAAGGAGAGAGACUGGCCAAAGGCCUGCUAUGUGUUCAAGGGGAAAAAGAAGGAGCCCACCAUCAUUUACAUGCCACUCUUCAACAGGCAGAACUGCAAAGAUGAGCACGAGUUCAAAGCAAAGAUGGAGGAGUUCUCCACCUUCCAGCUUCCAUUCAGCCAGGAGAAAAUUGAGUUUUUGUUGGAGACGGUGAAAGCGAACGUGAGGUACAGCAAGGACACGCUCCUCAGGGAAAUCGCCAAGGCUGUUAUUCGCCGGCGCAUCAAGGUCUCAGGUGGCUUCCCGGUCUCCAGUAUCAUCUGA